GCUUUUCGAAGCUCUGUGGCUCCGUCAUCCGUGCUCCUGCUUGUCUUGUCUCAAUCUGCACGUCAGUUUUCAGUUCGCCCUCUUUACGUGUUUUCGAAUUUAUGGAAUCCGUCUGCGUGCCGUGUUGGUACAAAUUACUUUCGUCAAGUUCAUUCUAAUAUCUCAAGUUUACAUGAGUGUGUGUUGUUCUUUCCUAGGCGCUCACUUUAUUCACUCGAGGCACAGUUUUUUGGAUUAUCAACUUGCCCCUGCCAGGUCGUGAGGAGUGCGCGUGUGGAGUUAAGUGCGUGGAUGCGAGUGGUGUCGGGGCGAUAGGGCGUCCAGGUUCGGCGGUGGCGGCGCGUUGCCCGGAGCCGCGGGAGCUUUUCGGGAGUCGGGGGGCGGGCGGCGCGGGCGGGGACGGGGGCGCGGCGGCGGCGGGGCCGGGAUGGGACGAGGAGUGAGGCCAUGAUGGACGCGGAGAGGCAGGACGGCCACGGCGGGAGUGCGACUAGUGCGACGAGCGCCCAGGCCGCGCCCAACGGCCCCACGUACAAGAUCAUCAGGGCCCCCGGACUCAGGAGAGGUCAGAGCCACACCAACCUCGCCGAAAAGAUUAAGCUCGAGAAAGUCCUUGGGUUAACCGUCUCCAGCAAUGCUGCUCUCGACUGUGAUCCCAACACGGGACAUAUCGUCUACCCAGCUGGAUGUACGGUGGUCAUCUUCAAUCAGUUCCGGGGGAAGCAGCACCACCUGUUGAACGCGCAGCGGAAGACGGUGACAUGCGUGGACUACUCCUCGGACGGGAAGUUCCUCGUCACCGGGGAGUGCGGCCACCAGCCCUGCGUCCGCGUCUGGGACCUCGCCGACAACACCCAGCUCGCCGAGUUCGCCGGCCACAAAUACGGCAUCAACUGCGUGGCAUUCUCUCCCAACCAAAAAUUUGUAGUCUCCGUCGGAUCGCAGCAUGAUAUGAUAGUCAAUGUCUGGGAAUGGAGAUCCAAUUUGAAAGCAGCGUCAAACAAAGUGUCAUCGAAAGUCAAAGCCAUCGCUUUCGCGGAGAACGGCAGUUAUUUUGUAACCGUCGGAAAUCGCCAUGUCAAAUUCUGGUACCUCCAGUCUCCUAGAUCUAAUAUGUAUAAAGAACCAGUGCCAUUAAUGGGGAGGUCAGCGAUAUUGGGUGAACAGAGGAAUAACGAUUUCGUGGAUGUUGUCUGUGGUCAAGGAACUAUGGGCGACUCAACGUAUGUCAUCACUCGCUCUGGGCUGCUUUGCGAGUUCAACAACAGGAGGCUUCUCUAUCGAUGGGUCGAACUUCGGACACCCAGUGCAAAUUGUAUGGCAAUUGGAGUCGAUCACAUUUUCAUCGGCUGUGCGGAGGGAAUCAUCAGGUGUUUUCAUCCUGUCUCCCUACAGUUCAUCACAACAUUGCCGAGAACACACUAUUUAGGGGUAGACAUUGCUCAAGGACUCAAUAUUAGUCAUAUGACGUUACACCCAAAAAACGCUAAGUAUCCAGAUGCCAUAGCCGUCGCUUUUGAUGAUAGGAAUAAAAAAUUAACAUGUGUUUAUAACGAUCAUAGUCUGUAUGUUUGGGAUGUCACUGAUAUCAAAAGGGUAGGAAAAUCCCAUUCAUUUUUAUUUCACUCUGCGUGUAUUUGGGGCGUGGAAGUGUCUCCGGCGACAUGCAAAGCUUUACCUCCAGGGUCUUUCAUAACAUGCUCCAGUGAUGACACCGUCCGGAUCUGGAACAUGGAUGAUAGUAAUCUAAGUAGCAAAUCUAGUUUUCAAAGAAAUAUUUAUAGUAAUGAAUUAUUGAAAGUAAUGUACAUAGAUGAAGAUCUAAAUUAUAUAAAGGAUAUGGAAAUCAAUGCCGCAGACAAAAGUGAUAGCAGCGUUUCAUAUGACGGGCGAAAUGGAGUCCGAGCAAUUCGAAUAAGUCCUGAUGGCAAGCACCUUGCAUCUGGCGAUAGGUCGGGUAACAUUAGAAUCCAUGAACUGAGUAACUUUAAUCAACUGUGCCUGAUAGAAGCCCAUGAUGCUGAGGUCUUAUAUUUGGAAUAUACCAAGCCUGAUGCUGAGAGUAGUGAUAAAAAUUUACUCGCAUCUGCAUCGCGAGAUAGGCUAAUUCAUGUUUUUAAUGUAGAUGAGGAUUACAACUUUAUUCAAACUCUAGAUGAUCAUUCCUCUUCCAUAACGGCAGUUAGAUUUAUCAAUAGUAGAGGACAAGUCCAAAUGGUGUCUUGUGGUGCUGAUAAGUCAAUCAUAUUUCGGCAGCUGCAAAAGACACCAAAUGGAAAGUUCUCUUUCUCUCGUGGCCAUAAUGUAGCUGUCAAAACAACGCUUUAUGAUAUGGAGGUGGACAUCACACAAAAGCACAUCCUGACGGCAUGCCAAGACCGGAAUAUCCGCGUCUACAAUGUGAAUAGCGGAAAACACAGUAAAAGCUUUAAAGGAUCAGUUGGUGAAGAUGGGUCACUUAUCAAGGUGGUUCUAGAUGCAAGUGGAAUUUUCGUGGCAACCAGUUCGACGGACAAAACGCUGUGCAUCUACGACUACUACAGCGGUGAGUGCAUGGCCACCAUGACUGGGCACUCAGAGCUGGUGACAGGGCUGCGUUUCAGUCUGGACUGUCAACGACUAAUCUCAGCGUCGGGCGAUGGGUGCAUAUUCGUCUGGACAAUACCGCGGGACAUGGUCACAACGAUGCAUGCCCGUAUUUCUCAGCAAACCGCGCGGCUAGCUCGACACCGGAUCAGCCUUUCCAAUGGGCUCAACUUCCACACCAACGAGGAGGACUCAGAUAAGGCUGACAGUGCCAUUUCCAGUGACCCAUUAGCUAGCUACAGGUUUAAUGAUUCUCCGUUACCAUUGUGGGCAAAGUCACAGCGCUCAGAUAAUGAUGUUCCUGUCCCUGCGAGUUUUCCUCGCAAGGAGAUACCAAAAGGUCGCUGGGCGCAGCGCUUGGAUCCUACUGGACUUACCAUUAAAUCAAUUUUUGAUUCGGACAGUAUAAUUCACUGUCCUCUCUCACAAGACUGUUCUGAUAAUUCCAAAGAAGAUAGUUCUGUAGACAGCGGAGCGGAAACCAGCCAUUCCCUGUACCCUGAACUGAGGAAGGAUUCUAUCACUCCUCCAAACAAAUUAGCAACAGAUAGAACUAGUCAUAAGAAAAUUGAAUCCAACCGUACAAGGUAUCACACGGAUGAUAGCUCCCUUGGAAGUUUCAAGUAUUAUGAGGAUAAUGAGAGCACAGAACAUGAUGGAGACGUUGAGGAUUAUUCAGAGGGUGAAUUUACUGAGUCUGAACAUCACAAAAAGAUCAUUUAUUACCCGAUCGCUGAGGAAAGUAUGAGUAAGUUCACAGUAAAUGCUAUGGACAAAGAAGAACUGCGCCGAUCUCAACGUCGGAUGAAACAGCAAAAGCGGGAGAAAUUAAUUGUAUCACCACUGGAAACCACACGGUCUGUCUCAGGAAGUCAAGACAGUGACGAUGAUGAGCUUGAAGAAGAGGAUGAUGAAAGUUCAACGCUAAGUGCCCACAAUCCAGACAAAACGUUGACACCCUCUGCGUUCACCUCUGAGCCUGAAGAUGGCGUCAGCUUGCGGGAGAAGUAUCUCAAAAACACUUUUGAAUCAUUAAGCGGUGCGGAGUUGGAAUCUUCAGCGGAGAAUACGUCAAUGCGAGGCAAAACAAGUCUAUCAUCUCAGUUCCAUAAUAGCCCCCUGCCACGAGUUCGCAAUGUCAGUGUAAUACAAGCUGUAAUUGAUAAAAAGAAUGAUAAAGAGACCAUGCGGAAGCGCGAGGAGCUUCAACGUCGAAUCGAAGAAACGAGAAGGAAGCUACAAAGUGUUGGGACUCGCUCCAAUUUGAAAAGUAGUCAGAGCACAACAGACCUUAGCCGCAGCAACUUCAGCGAUUCGCAUGUGAAGCACACACGAAAAAUAUCGCUGAGCAACAAACAUCAUGCAGCAGUGAUCUCCGAAGAAAGUUCAAGUAGCUUCGGAGGUAGCAUACGACGUGCAUGUUCCUUGAGCGAUCUUGUUUUGCCGGCACCCCAUAGACAACGUAUCGCCUCAGCCAAAGUUAGUAACAGCUCUAAAUUUGGGCCCAGAACAUCUUCUAAACACAGCACUAAAGGAUCUACUUCUUCAAUGAUUCGUAGUUCAUCCGUUGGAGUCCUCAACCAGAGUGAUUCGGAGUCGGACGCUGGACAUCGCACUGGAGGAGUUACCAGUCUAUCGAGCAGGAUAAUGCGGCCGACAAUUGCUUCGCAAAAUAAAGUAGUCUCAAAUGUGGCCAAAAACAACUUUGGAUCUAGGAGGCGAAUCACAUCUUCUUACUCCAGUAUGAAUCUUUACCACGGAAAUGAGGACUCCAGUUCUGAAGAAGCCCCUGUUAGUAAGUCAUCAUCACGUCCCAGAAGUGCCAGUAUAGACCGAACCAAUAUGAGCCGCAGGACUUCAGGAUCUCUAGGUCGCAGCGAAAGCGAACACAACCUUGCAAGAACAUCAAAAGGUAGAACACGACCUGUCGAGUAAAAUCAACAUCAUCAUCAAAUGUUUCCUUUUUUUAUUUUUUAUUACCUUUACAUUUUUUCUCCUUCCAAGUACUUAUUCCUGCCAUAUUUGUUGUCCUUUUUACUUCAAUUAUGAAGAGCUAUUGAUGAGUCAUUUGGAAUCUUUUUUCGAUUCGAAAAGCAAAUUAUUUGCGCUAAUGAUUGACUGCACGAGUUCUCUUGUUGCCAGGAUUCCUGGAGAUUGCACCGUCCUAUGCAUGUAAUUCUACUUUGUCUUUUGUUAACCAAAAACGAUACGUUGUUUCAGAUUACGAUAACUUUAAUAAUUGUUUAUUGAGAAACUGUUAAUGAGUUUUUUCUCUCUUUUUUUGUUCCCCAAAGGGAGAGUAAGUUAGACAAGCGUUAUUGUGGUAUUCUACCUGAUUGAUUCUUUGCAGCUAGAACAAUUAAAUUGUUCUUUUCCAUUAUUUAAGCUCAAUGUAUUUCCUCAAGUAAAUUUUAAAUUGAUCAUUGUUGUGAAAAGAAAAAGAAAAAACCUAAUUGUGUUACUUGGAUUGGUUGCAGAGUUUUAAUAAUAUUUUCGAUAAUUUUUUGUAAUUCUUGUCCAAUUGAAUUGUCAACAUUUUUCCCAUUUCUGAGUUUUCUCCGAAAAAAGUUUUUUCUCUGUUUGAAAGAUUUGUUAUUUCGUAAGAAAAAAAAAGACAAAAAUCGAUCAAGAGAGAAUCAGUGUGUAAUGAUAGUUAGUAUUUUAAAGUUUGAGCUCAAAGGUUUAACACAUUGUCUGUAAUUUACCUUUUUGGCCUUAUCUCUUUUAUUUAUGAAAUUAAAAAUUGUAGGUGCGAACAAUCGCUGAAAAUCGAAAGGGUCUUGUGUAGUCUCGAACUGAAAUAACGACAAACAAUGUGCCUAACUAGUUUAACCUAAGUUAUUUUAUUCUGUUCUCAAAGAGUGUAUGUAUAUUUUUGAUCUAAUCAAUUUCUAAUACUAGGUAUUUCAAAUUUUACUCGGUUCUCUGAUUAAAGUAAUAAAAUAAAAUGAAGAUAGCCAUAUCACCCCGAUGCAAUCUGAAUUAACAACUGUCAUUAACUAGCUAAUAAUGUAGGUGAUAUUUUUCUCUUUUUUAAUUGUAGUAAGACCAAUUGUUUUUUGUACAAAUGUAAAGUAACAUAGUUGUAAUUUUUUGAAAUAAAUUGAAUAUCUAAUAAUAUUGAAA